AUGACCACCAUCGCACGCCGCAUCGUAAGCGGCCAAAAGGCGCGCUUCCAAGACCCUUUGCUGCACCUCGACCUCGACCUCACCUACGUCACGGACCACAUCAUCAUCAUGGGAUUUCCCGCCUCGGGCGUCGCCUCGCUCUACCGCAACAAGCGCUCCGACGUACGUCGCUUCCUCGACAAGCGACACGACGACCUCUACCGCGUCUACAACUUCUGCCCGCUCACUGAAAACUCGUACGACCCGGACGAGUUCUACGGCAGGGUCUCGCGUUUUCCCUUUCCAGAUCACCAUGUUCCGCCGCUCAGCCUCAUCCCGCUGUUCGUGGCCGACAUCACCGAGUAUCUCGAGUCGGACCCGGACGCCACCGCGGUGAUUCACUGCAAGGCGGGCAAGGGCAGGUCCGGCACCAUGACCUGUUGCUAUUUGGUAUCCUUGCCCUAUCUGCCGACGGCACCCACGAGUGUGAGGAACUAUAGCAAAAUGCAGAGGCCCGAGAAUCAGAGCGUUGCACCACCGCCGCCACUGGCUGCAAACGCAGCUUCUACGCUUACUGAACGGCAACCAGGCGCCGUGCAAACUCCGACAUCGACACGAAUGCUGCCGCCAGGGUCGACACCCGAGCCUCCCCCGCGCAGCAGCAGCAGCAGCUGCAUGACAACUCUACAGAUCCCUCGCUCGGCAGCAUGGACCCAAGCCGCACCCAUCGUGCCAUCUCAAGCCGGCACUCUCCGCCGACGCCCUUCACUCGCACCCGAGCAAAGCAUCAUCCGCAACGACGACCUCAACCCGCAAGCCGAGAUCGACCAAAUCUCGCAACGGCUCCAGACCAUUUUUGAUUUGCAUACCGAACGGCGGAUGAAGCCGCCAUCCAAGAAGAAGAGCAGUGCAACCAUAGGGCGACAACGUUCACGCUCACAGGCAGCGGCGGGAUUGCGGCCAUCGGCACAUUCGACGGGGGCCAUGAACAGUGCUGCUGUCAGUACGGCGUCGUUGCGUGCACUUGGCGCUGGUCCAGCGGGGAGGAGCUGCGAUGCUCUCCACCACGUGUCGUCGCAGAGGAGUAGCGGUGGCGAUCUGAGCGCGAGCUUGUAUUCGCGGUUUGCAACGCACAGCAGUCGGGCGAGUGCGAGCAUCUCGCGCGACUCGCACAACUUUGACGAUGCAUACGCCGACCUGAGCGGAUCAACGAUGGACGCGUAUGCGCUUGGCCGCAGCGGUGACGCUGCCAACAACAACCAGAGCGCAGACUCGAUCGCAGUGAACCAGAACACUGAAGACCACUCGAGCACGAAAGCACCCAAGAUGGGCGUGUCCAUCCCAAGCCAACGCCGAUGGGUGGGCUACUGGACGCGCAUCCUCUCCGGCCGCGACGCGCGUCUCUCCAUGACCUCGCCACUCCGCCAACCGCGACGCCUGAUCCGCAUCACGCGCAUUUCGGUCGACCGCCAUGCGCCCACGUCCACCUCGCAAUCCUUCCUGGAGCGUCUGGUGCCGCACUCGGAUGCGCUCAGCGUCCAGCUCGUGCGCUACCAGGACGCGCUCGUCGACAGACUCGAGUCGUGGGAGCGCCACGCACGCCGUCGCGCCAGAGCGUUCGGUCAGCACGACCCGUCGGCGCAAGCCGGCGAUCUGGACGCCGAGCAGCAGCAGCAGAAGCAGUACCUCAAGACGCUCCGUCGCAAGGCGUCCGAUCUGCACUGUUGGGAUGGUGGCAAGUUUGGUGAGCAGCACGAGGGGAGGAUUGGCAAUUGGGGGGUGUGUGUCAAGGCCGAGGCCGACAGGGCGAGGGCGUUUGAUUGGAGGGACGAUCAGCCGCAGUUGGAGUAUUUUGCGCUGUUGAGUGAGACUGCCGAGAGGAAGGUGGUGGAGAGCAAGGUGUGGAAGUACACGUUUGAGCCCAAGGGACAGCAGCAGGACGGUGAAAGCGAAAAGGAGAGACAGUCGUCCACAUCGAGUGCGGAUUCGGGCUACUAUUCUUCCGCUACCACUGCGAACACCAACGCUCAGCCUGUGGCUUCUCAGAGUCUCGCUCCACCUAGCAGCUCAACACCGCAGCUCGACUCUCAUCGCGGUAACGGCACACUGCGAAAGAUGACCCGCAAAGCAUCCACCCUCUUCACGCGCACCGACGCCAACACCCACCCCACUGCCACCAGAACCACAUCCUCCGAAGAAGACACCACGCCUCCCUCCUCCACCUCGUACCUCCCGCAUCCCAACGCUUGCUCCUCUUCCUCGCCCGGACUCAGCGUAGGCCAGAUCUUGGACGCAGACCGCGAAGUGUGCGUCAAGAUCCUUGUCGGCCGCACGGGCUCGAAACACGCCAAGCUGCCAGACAUCGCGUCGGCGGGCUGGUGCUGGUUUAUCCCUUCGUUUGAGGACCCGGAUGCCGGGGUUGCCGGCAUGGCGCGCAAAGGUGCUAAGACGCAGAUUCGGUUCGAGGCGCACGAGAUUGAUUUCAGGAAACAGCCGUUGGGCCUCAAGGCGAUCGAGGUCGAGUGGGAAUGGGUCAGUGUUGGACUAGAUGAUCAGGAGGAGGAUUAG